AUGACACCGGCAGCAAACAAUUUGAGUCAUCUGGAUUAUACGAUCGCAUGGAUAUGUGCGCUCCCUCUGGAACUCGCCGGUGCCGAGUUGAUGCUGGAUGAGAGACAUCCUGACCUACCAACUAGCCAAAAUGAUGACAACACCUAUAUUCUGGGGAGAAUAUGCCCUCGUAAUGUCGUAAUCCUUUGCCUCCCAUCAGGUAUCUAUGGCACGACCGCAGCAACGGCCUUGGUUACUCAAAUGAGGUCUAGUUUCGGGGCAAUAUGCUUUGGCCUGAUGGUUGGCAUAGGAGAAGGAGUGCCCUGCAAGGGAUUCGAUAUUCGACUGGGCGAUAUAGUGGUUAGCAAACCUACAAGGGAAUUUGGAGGGGUGAUACAAUAUGACUACGGCAAGACAAUCCAAGACGGACGGUUUGAACGUUUGGGAUUAUUGAAUAAGCCUCCACCAGUGCUUUUGACGGCUGUCGCUCGACUGCAAGCUGCUCAUAAAUUGAAACCAAGUCAAAUACCGACCAUCCUUUCUGAAAUUGCUGAUAGCAAUCCUUUUUUGAGUCACAUCUUGGAGCAUCCCGGUGAGAACGUGGCGGACCUUUUGUUUGAAUCCGACUAUGAACACUGCGAGGCUCUAAAUACCUGCCACGACUGUGACUCCAGCAGAUUAGUGAAACGCAUUCCCCGAGAUGGACAGAUCCCCGUUAUCCAUUAUGGCCUCAUUGCGUCUGGUAACCAGGUGAUGAAGCAUGGACGGACAAGAGACAAAUUAGCUAAGAGAGGCGUUCUCUGUUUUGAAAUGGAGGCAGCAGGUCUAAUGGAUAAAUGGCAAGAAUAUGCCGCAGCGAUAGCGGCAGCAUACGCCAAAGAACUCCUCUCCGUCAUCCACGCUGUCCAGGUCGUGGAUGAACCAACAGUCGGUUCAUCAAAUGAUAUCUAUCACUACAAGAACAAGGACCUUCGCGAUAUGAAAUGGUCACAGAGCCUACCAGUUCGCCAAGAACGGGACCAACUUGACGAUUGGCUCUUCGACCGACACUCGGAUUACGAUCACAAUAGAGUUCAUCGAAGGCUUUGUCAUAAAAGACUUCUAGGCACCAUUGUAUGGUUCUUAGACCACCCGGAUUUCAAAAAGUGGUCUACUGGGAACACUGUCUCCAGUCUAUGGUGCUCUGAGAGGAUUGGCUCUGGCAAAACCGUGAUAGCAACUUCUGUGAUAGAAAAUAUGAAAUAUCGUUCUUCUGGUCCCCGCUCUACAACAGUCUUCUUCUAUUGCGAGAAUGAGCACCAGGAGUCAUUGCAGGCAUCAUACAUUGUGUCUAGUUUUAUCAAACAGCUGUGCGAGCACCUCCGUUCUACGUCCCGACCCUUGCCAAAAAAUAUCGUUCAAGAUAUCAACAGGUUCUUUGGGAAGAAGCGAACUGUGCCUGACUUUAACGAUCUGGAAAGUAUUUUUAUUCACCUAUUUCAAUAUGCCCAUGAUACAACGUAUAUCUUAGAUGGAUUUUAUGCGCUUGACGAGACAAAUUGCGUAAGGAUUUUGAAGUUUCUUCGAUCAUUGUCCUCCGAGUCCUGUACGCGGCAUGGUUCUAAAUGCAUGCUGCUAAGCAGGGAGCAAAUCCCAGGGUUCACGAACAUCUCUACACUAAUUCCCGGAAUUCGUCAGAUAUCGACAUCUUCCAAUGUUAUGCAAGAUAUUCAGACAUAUAUCGAAACGACUAUCGCUGACAAGACGAUGUUCAAAAAACUUACAGACGAUCCUUCAUUGAUAGAUGGGAUUAAAGAAGUCCUGUUAAAAGAGUCCUCGGGAAUGUUCCUCUGGGUUUAUCUCCAGCUGGAGAUUGUAUGGGAAACCUGUUUUACAGAAGCUCAAAUACGAUUGGCAUUGAAGCAACUUCCAAAGGACUUGAAAGAGACAUAUCAUCGUUGUGCUGAGAGAAUAGCCACCCAGGACGACAUCGCACUAAGAGUGCUUAAAUGGGUCAGCUUUGCAACCAGGCCACUCAGUGUUGAGAAACUGAGGGAAACAGUGGCGUUUCCUUCGUCGGACACUAACUGGGAUCCAGAGAAAAUACCGCAGCGGGACUUCAUUGCUGGGUGUUGUGCAAAUCUCGUGGUAGUUGAUCCGAUUGAUGGCCGCGUACGCUUUGCGCAUCCCUCAGUAAAACCAUAUUUAGAAAGCGAUCGAGGGCGUUUCAUCGAAGGAUACCCUGUCACUGCAAAACUAGGGGAGGUGGAAUGUGGAGAAUAUUGUGUGACUUUAUCUUUCAUUCUCCGACUUCGCCCUCCAGCUAGACAAGUGCAAGAACGGAACUGUAAAGGUCACGGUUCCUUCCCCGGCGUCUUUCAUCGAUGGAGUUCUCGGUUCCUCGUUCAUCAAGCCUUUCCUCUGAGCGCCGCGGCGUCAAAAACCCUCUGUUUCUCUGCGCAUCCCAAAGACAUACCCAUGAAACCUGGAACUUCCACUCUUGGAUAUCAGGUGGCCGUUCAUCACGGUCCCGUCUACAUGGCCUCUUGGGGUGGGCGGUCAAAGAACAGCACGAAACCUCUUUUAUUAAUCGCUCUAAAAUCGAAAGAGGAUUUGGAGGCUAUCUGCGAUCUGCCACGAAUUAACGAAAAGCUUCCUGCGCUCCACCUUGCAUCGAAUCUUGGUUAUUAUGCAAUUGUUAAAUUGCUAUUGGAAGUUUGUAACGUAAACACGCUAGAUGCAGAGGGGAAUACUGCCCUACAUUACGCUGCUACCAAAGGCCAUAUCGGUAUCGUGGAGAUAAUUUCAUUCCGAAAGGGAUCGAAACUAGCCAUCCCAUCAGCGUCUGGACACACACUGCUCUGGUUAGCUGCCAGCAACGGAUUUGAGGAUAUUGUGUCGAUGCUAAUUCGAGCACGGCCCAACGAUGUGGAAUUCAAAGGAGCGAAUCCGCAAGCGUCGCUCACACCGCUCGCAGAGAGUGCCAAAAAUGGGCAUUAUGCGGUAGUGGAAGUUCUUCUGGCAUAUGGCGCUAACGUGGAUGUUAAGGACCUUUCUGGCAAAACAACCCUAACCUGGGCUGCGGUGAUGGGACAUGAGGCGGUAGUGAAGAUACUGCUUAAACACGGCGCGGAUCCUGACCAAAGAGAUCAGAACUUUUCCACCCCACUAUCAUAUGCUGCUGCUUUGACUGAGGAUAUAUCUCGUCGCACGCCCCUAGCGAUUGCUGUUUCUUCAAGAAAGGAGCCGGAGGCUAUCGUGAAACUUCUCCUUGACAGAGGUGCGCGCCCUUGUCAUAAGGAUGUCGAUGGCCGUCCACCCUUAUCGAGGGCUGCAAUGAGUGGGCAUGACAAGUCUAUAAAACUAAUGCUUGAAGGGGAUUUUGACUGCGAUGAGAAAGAUAAAGGUGGCCGCACACCACUGGCAUGGGCUUCUUUUCAUGGACAUGAGAAGGUGGUAGAAUUGCUGCUUAAAAAGGGGGCAGACCCCGAUAGAAAAGAUUGUAAUGGGCGUGCACCCGUAUCAAAGGCUGCGAAAAGGGGCCAUGUGAGCGUUGUGAAGCUCCUGCUUGAGAGCCGCAUCAACCCUCUCAAUUGCUCCAAGGACCACGAUGAAUACACGCCUCUGUCAUAUGCUACACGAAACGGACAUGUGGAGGUAAUGAAACUUCUCCUUGAGAAAGGCCAGUAUGGAUGUAAGAAAAUGCCAAAACAGGACGUCCUUUGUUAUGCUUCAGAAAAAGGUCUUGUGCCACUGGUGAAGAUGUUGCUUGGAAUGGGGGUUGAUCCUAAUGGAGUAGCCCAAAAUGGUUCUAAAGCCUUGUCCAGGGCAUUGGAGACGGGACAAGGAGGAAUAGCAAAUCUGCUACUUCACUUCGGUGCAUCCAUGCAUUUUCUCGCAGACCCAGGGGAAUAUUCGGCUCGUUGA